GAUACUGGGAGAGGCGGAAGAGCCGCGGAGGGAGCAGCAGAUCCCAGAUACCGUUUCUCCAUCAGAGCCUGAGGUGGGAACGGGCUACAUCCACCAGGGGGAUUCCUCAAAUUGAGUUUAGACUGUGGUUGAAGCUACCUUUGUCGGAGCCGUGCGCGUUGGACUAAACAUGUGGAAGGCAGCAGCAGGACAGUCAGUCAGUGUGGCUGUAAAUGACGAAGUGGACGACUGGGAGACGGAUCCAGACUUUGAGAAUGACGUGUCGGAGAAGGAGCAGCGCUGGGGGGCCAAGACGGUGUCGGGCUCAGGACAUCAGGGACACAUAGAUAUCCACCGGCUGCGCGAGACGGUGUCGACGGAGCACACCAGCCUGAAGCAGAAGGAGCUGGAGACCAUGCCCAAAGCCUCGCACGGAUAUGGAGGAAAAUUUGGAGUGCAGCAGGACCGCAUGGACAAGUCUGCUGUGGGUCAUGACUACCAGAGCAAGUUGUCCAAGCACUGUUCCCAGACGGACACCUCCAAGGGCUUUGGAGGGAAGUUUGGAGUGCAAGCCGACCGCGUUGACCAGUCAGCGGUUGGCUUUGAGUAUGCUGGGAAGACGGAGAAACACGCUUCGCAGAAAGACUACACCACUGGGUUUGGGGGGCGAUACGGAGUGCAGGCAGAUCGUGUCGACCAGAGUGCAGUGGGCUUCGAUUACCAGGGCAAAACCGAGAAACACGAGUCCCAGAAAGAUUAUGCCAAAGGCUUUGGCGGCAAGUUCGGCGUCGAGACCGACAAGGUGGACAAGAGCGCCGUGGGCUUCGAGUACCAGGGCAAGACGGAGAGGCACGAGUCCCAGAAAGACUACGUGAAGGGCUUCGGGGGAAAGUUCGGUGUGCAGACGGACAGACAAGAUAAAUCGGCUCUCGGCUGGGACCACCAGGAGAAGCUACAGCUGCACGAGUCCCAGAAAGACUAUAAGCGGGGGUUUGGAGGGCGGUAUGGGUUAGAGGUGGAGAAGCAGGACCAGUGUGCCCUGGGCUAUGAGCACAAGGAGAGCCUGGCCAAGCACGAGUCCCAAAAAGAUUAUUCAAAAGGAUUUGGAGGAAAGUUUGGUGUCCAGAACGACCGCAUGGAUAAGAGUGCGGGGACUUUUGAAGAGGUGGAGAAGCCGAGCCCAUCUUACCAGAAAACCCGACCUGUGGAGGCUGCUGGCAGCAGCACAGGAAGCAUCAAGGCCCGCUUCGAGAACAUCGCCAAGCAGAAGGAGGAGGAGGACAAGAAGAGGGCCGAGGAGGAGCGAGCCCGUCGACAGGCCAAGGAGAAGCAGGAGCAGGAGGAGGCGCGCCGUAAGAUCGAAGAGACGGCCAAGGCCCCCUCUCCCGUCCCUGCUGCCAGUCCCAGUCCCACCCCCAGCCCGACUCCACCGGUCCAGCCAGCUGCUGCCCCGACAUACCAGAACACGGAGGAAUGUCAAUACGACGCUGCUGGAGAGAACGGGGAGCAGCUGUAUGAGGCAGAGCCACAGAGCCAGUACUCGCAGCAGGAGGACCAGAACCUGUACCAGACCCCCGAGGAGACUGCAGCAGACGGCCAGCAGUACGAGUACGGCGAGGAUCUCGGGGUGACGGCAGUGGCCCUGUACGACUACCAAGCAGCCGGCGAUGACGAGAUAUCCUUCGACCCCGAUGACAUCAUCACCAACAUCGAGAUGAUCGACGAGGGCUGGUGGCGAGGCGUGUGCAGAGGCGCCUACGGCCUUUUCCCCGCCAACUACGUGGAGGUUCGACAAUGACGACGCCCCGCCGAGACCACCCGAGUCCCUGUCCUCGAGCAAAAAAAGAGGAUGGAGACGAUUUGAAAUCCUGUUUUCCUUUCACACUUUGGUCCUUUCUCUCUUCACCUCAUCUUAAUGCUUCGACGCUGCGAGACGUCCUCAGGUCUCCUCGCUGGCUUUCUUUUGCUCCUUUUUCCACCCCCCUUCUACCGAGUCCAAAUUCACUUAGUUUCCCUCUGUGCAGCAGAAGACGGAGGGUGAGUUACCUGAGAAUGAUUCAGUACCAAGAGCAUAUAUAGAAUUAGAUAUCUGGACUUAAAUAAAGGCACAAAGUGCUGCUUUGUAACAGUUGAAGCUUCAAAAUGUAACGUGGGUGUUCGGGGUCUGAGGCGACUUGACCUCCCGCCUCACAGCCACAAGCUGCAUUUUGAAGCUUUUUAUUUUUCCAGGUACAGUAUCAGAGUUCACAAGGUGUUGAUCACACAUUGCUGCUUCUUCACAGCUUAGAGAGGGAUUUUAGUCUCACCAAAGACCAGAGAAACGGCAGCAACGAGCUCGAAACGUCUCAAAUGAGUCUCGUGCACGAGGCUCAGGGUGCUGACCGCUCAGGAGCUCCACCUCAACGUAAGCAGGAGCAUUUAACGUGGAAACGACCUUCCACUUUGGAUUAUAACGUAUUCCAGUCCCUCGACUUUAGACCAAAAAGCUGGUAACGCUCUUUGCUUCUUGGUCUUUCUACGUAAACGUUGCCGUGUUGCACAGGAGUCGAGAGAUUCUCGAUGGGAAACGAAGCUUCUGGUAGUUUCAGAUGUACGUUUCUUCUUCUGAACACUUGCAUCAGUCGCAGGGUUGAUUUAGAAAUGAUCAAUAAUCAGGUUUCCUCCUUCACUGAUGUUGAAAGUGUUCACAGAAUAACGAGGCCAUAAUGUCAAAGACUUCAUCUCCACUGUGGGAAAUGAAAAGCUAAAGAAAAGCACUACAGCUCAUAGUAUUACUUCAAUCAUCUUCUUCAUUAUCCUGGUUGUUGGGACCGUGCUUAGACUCAUGUACAGAGAGAUCUUGAUUUAUGAGGCGUUGACAAAUAAUAGAUUUGAAAACUGAUUUUUGUUCCCGGUCACUGUGGUUUUCUUAGGAUGUGGACUUGUGUAUGUGUCUCUGGGUUUUUUUGAGGUGUGGUGGCGACUACAGUUAAAAUCCCUCAUCAUGACCAAACUGUGUGCUGACCUCAGAGUGAGUGACCUUUACAGAUUCGUGAUUUAUCAGCAGUAAACUCGGCCUGUAGGAAAGUACAGCAGGCUGUUGUUAAGAGAAGAGGCUUUGGUUUAUUCUCCAAACACUAAUUAUAUCUGACGGCAGUUCGCCGGGCUGCUCGUCACUGGAUCGCAGUAGUGUAGCUUAAACAGGCGUGUGUGUGUGUGUGUGUGUGUGUGAGCGUGCAUGUGUGUGAGGGCUUUUAUUAAAUUCAUCUUUGGGGUUUUUUUUUAAUAAAAAAGUGACCUUUUCAAAUGCAUUAUUUUUAUCUGUACCUCUGUUUGCUUGAGUCACAUCAUUACCUGCUUCUUUUUUUUUAGUUUCAAUAAAUAAACUAUGAA